GCAGACGCGAGAAACAAGAAGUUUCAAGGUUGUAGUCAACUCAAAAGGACCAAUUCAGCUUCCAAAGAUGAAAGAAGCUUAAAAGGUGUAUCUAAAGAUAAAGAGGAAUGGCUAGAAAAAGUCCAGGCGAUGCUAGAAUCCCACAAGGCAUCAAGUGGUAAUAACAGCCAUAGUCCCUUGGAAAGCUCCAUGACAAUUCGAAAAAUCAAUCUGAUAAAGAAAAAUGCCGGAAGUGUAGUAGAGGCAGCUAGAGGGUCUUUGAUGAAUACUUCAUCUUUGAUUGACAAGGAUCAAGUUCAUGAUUUAGAGUCUGCUUACUGGGACCUAAAAGAGAGAUAUUCUAACACAGCGACUUCCCUAGCUGAGAAGGAUAGGAGUCAUCAAUCAGAAAUACAAUCACUUCUCGAAUGCGUGGAAAGAGAUAAAGACUUGUUAAACACCCUUAUAUCUCAAGUUUCAGAAAAAGACGCUGUUUAUGGUUCACGAAUUGAAACCCUUCGGGAAUUGGUAAACGACAAGGAUGCCCAAUUAGCAAAACUUCAAGAACGGCUUGACAAUAUAAAGUAUCAUGAAGAGAAAGUGCGAAAAAAAAUGCAACGCGAGUUACAGCAACAGAUUGUUAUUGUUCGCGAAGAAAUUGUUAACAUGACUACUGAGUAUAAGCAUUCGUUUGAAGAAGCGCAGCAGAAUUUGUCCAAGAGGAUCCGCGAUCUAAAAAAAGCAUAUAAUGCGCAGCUUCAAGAGAACGUGAAUUCAUUUGAGAGGAGGAAAGAAGAAUCAAGAAAGCAAGAGGAUGCGAGCAAAGCGCACUACGAAUUGCUGCUUUCCGAGAAGGAUAUGGAAUUCAAGCGGUACCAACAAAAGAUAGAAGCAGAUAUUUCUUCUAUGCAGAAAGAGCUUGAUCAGGUUCGAAAAGAAUUAAACCGAACUUGUGAUGAAUUGUACGAGAAAAAGAAAGAAUAUACAAUGGCUUUAGAGAAAAAUGACCAACUUAACAUCCUGUUGAAAGAAAACCAGCAAAUAAUAAAUGACAAAGGUCAUACUUUUUCCGAAUUGGAUUGUAAAGUGCACGAACUAACUAGGUCAAAUGAAUCAUUAUCGAAAAAGCUCUUUGCUGAGGAGUCUCUUCGGCGGCAAUUACACAACACUAUCCAAGAGCUAAAAGGCAACAUUCGAGUUUUUUGUAGGGUACGACCUUUUUUACCUCGCGAGUGUCAAAAAUCAGAUGAGCUUGAAUCUAUUUUCCAAUACCCAGAUAGUCAUUCUUUAGAGCCUCGGGAAUUGUUACUCAAAGGACCUAAUAUUGAAUCAUCUCUUGGUCAUGUACACGAUAAAAGCUAUUUUUUUUCGUUUGAUCGGGUAUUUCCUCCUGAAGCUACGAAUGAGUCUGUAUUUCAAGAAAUCACUCAUCUAGUUCAAAGUGCCAUUGACGGUUAUAAUGUAAGUGUUUUUGCUUAUGGACAAACUGGAUCCGGAAAGUCGUAUACCAUGUUGUCGAAUGAUGGUAUGGUAACUCGAGCAGUUAAGCAAAUCUUUGAGUAUGUCGAGUUACUUAAGGAAAAAGGAUGGAGAUAUAAGUUACAAGGGCAAUUUUUAGAGAUUUAUAAUGAAAAGAUUUAUGAUUUAUUGAGCAAAAAUGGUUUGAUGCAACAACAAAAGCAUGACAUUCACCAUGAUGAAAGAGAGCGACGCACUACAGUGGAUAAUGUAAGGGUGAUUGAUUUUGAGGAUGAAGAUAUGGUCUACAAAAUGUUGGGGAAAGCAGCAGAAAAUCGUUUUAUCGCAGCUACGAAAGCUAAUGAACGCUCCUCUCGUUCUCACACUGUAUUUACGCUGUACAUUGAUGGAUGGAAUGAAAGCAUGAAUCAAGUUUGUAGAGGAACGUUAAAUUUGGUUGAUUUGGCCGGAUCCGAACGUCUAAGUUUCAGCAAAGCAGAAGGAGAACGUUUACGAGAAACGCAAGCUAUCAACAAAAGUUUGAGUUGUUUGGGAGAUGUAAUCCAUGCACUAGGGGUAGCAACUUACGUUGCUGGUAAAGGAAAAAAUCAUAUACCUUAUAGGAAUUCCAAGCUUACUUAUUUGUUGAGAUACGCUUUGGGAGAAAAUGCAAAAACACUUAUGUUUGUGAAUGUUUCACCGCUAAAGUCUCAGAUAAUGGAUACCCUUAAUAGUUUACGAUUCGCAAAGAAGGUGAAUGAUACAAGGAUAGGACCCAUGAUUAAGAACCGUGAGUCGAUGUCAUUUGGUACAUAAUGUGUAUAAUAUUUAUGAUAAUUACUUUUUGUUUUAAGAAGAAGCAUUUGCUUUGGAAGCCGCUUCAUUUUGCGCUUGAACGAUAGCAGACUUAAUCUUGACAAAUUCCUCCUUUGAACUCUCGAUUUGUUUUUCCACGCGAGCACUGGAUACAUUAGCCUAAGUGAACCUGUUUCCUUUGUAAUUGCUUUAGGAUAUGGAGCAGAUGAAACGUACAUUUCUUUCUUGAUGAAAUCAAGUCGCGUUUGAACGUUCGUCUUUGCCUCUUCUUGGCUUUGCUUAACAAGAGUUGGCCCAAUUUGUUUAUAUAUAUUGGAUUCAGGAUCCAUCUUGUCUAAUUCCUACCGAUGUUAGCUCAUUUGAAAAUUUGAUCCUUCACAGUGCAAUCGCAUCCAAUACAUGCAAUCGAAUCUAACAUACAUUAUAAACGGUAGUGUUUUCCUGUAAUUGUGCUUCAAGCUUUUUUAUCGAAUCAACAUAUCCGGUCAAUUCUAAUCAUAAAUAGUGAGUCAGUAUUCUCAAGCUAAAAUCCUUACCGCUCUGUUGUUCUUGGUACUUUCUAGCUAAAUCUUCCAUUUUUUCUUUUACUUGAACCGCUUCCUCCUCUAAAGAUUAAAGACAAGAAUUGGUUUGGGGUAUCUACUUGUAGAGCUCAGUACUUUUGGAAAUAUAAUUGUAACGGGUUUUUUCGCGUUAUAUUAAGUGGAAAUCAAGUGCAUGGGAAGAAUCCAUCAGGUUGGAAUUUGGCAUUAAUAAAAAUUCCGAAUAAUUUAACAAAUAAAUUACUAAAUCAAUUAAUGAAUCUUCUAAAGAAAACAAAUCAUUGGAUAGCUACUCCAGUCUAUAUUCCUAUUACCGGUUUUCAUUUCAAAGCUAAAGCAAUGAAGAGAUGAUUGCAACGAAUUUUGAAGCUACUAUUUAAUAAAUUGACUUACGUUGAAAAUUUGUGAAGAAUCUAACGGUCGUAGGAGGAAUUUUCUACUAUCCUCGUUUUCUGAAAGCAACAUAAAUCUGAUAUCAAAGAUGUUUUGCUCAAACUUUUUAAAGAAUAAGAAAUAUAGAUAUUUUUCCAUGAAGGGGAGUUACAAUAAAAC